AUGGACAACCGCUCAAUCAUGGACAACGACUCGACCCUGACAAGGGUCCAGAGCCUCGAAUCUGCCACCACCGUGGCGCCGCCCACAACGGCCAGGACGCAAGACGAUGAAACGGAUACACAGUCGCAUGCUCCAUCCCACGAAAAGGACGUGGUAAAAAAGAAAAAAGAACAACCAGACGAGCCGACCAAUAACGAGUCCGCAGGAGACGAAAACAAGGAGUAUGUUACCGGGGUCAAAUUGCUCGUCGUCAUGUGCAGUGUAGCACUUACUUGCUUUGUCAUGGGACUCGAUACGAGUAUUAUUUCCACCGCCAUUCCCUACAUUACGAGCGAAUUCAAGUCUCUCUCAGAUAUUGGAUGGUAUACAGCAGCAUAUCAAUUAGCUAGUGCAUCGUUACAACCCUUGACGGGAAAAUUCUACACCUUUUUCAAAGCAAAAUGGACAUAUCUCAUCUUCCUGUUCUUAUUCGAAGUCGGGUCUCUCAUAUGCGGUCUGGCCAAUUCGUCUUCCAUGUUUAUAGGCGGUCGAGCCAUUGCCGGUCUCGGUAGCUCGGGCCUCAUGAACGGUGGCCUGACCAUUGUCGCAGGCGCCGUCCCUCUUGAGAAGCGGGCCUUCUAUACUGGAUUGCUCCUAGGCGUCGGCCAAAUGGGCAUCAUUUGCGGGCCCUUGAUUGGAGGCGCUUUUACAGAAUAUGUCACUUGGCGAUGGUGCUUCUACAUAAAUCUUCCCAUUGGAGGUGCCCUUGGUCUCAUCCUGGUAUUCUUGAGCAUACCUGAUCUCACAGUCAAACCACCCUUUACCCUGGCCUUGGUCCGCAAGACGAUCCCCGAGCUCGACCUGAUUGGCUUCAGUCUCUUUGCACCCGCAUCCAUCAUGUUUCUCCUGGCACUGCAGUGGGGAGGUAAUAAUUACCCAUGGAAUAGUUCGGUGGUCAUUGGCCUAUUUGUCGGCGCCGGUGUGACUGCCGUCAUCUUUGCAUUCUGGGAGCGCCGCGCGGGCGACCGCGCCAUGAUUCCCGGAGCCGUAGUCAAGCAACGCGUCGUUUGGACCAGCACCAUCAACGGCAUGGCCUUGAUGGGCAUCAUUCUGACCGCGGCACAGUACAUGCCCCUGUAUUUCCAGGGUGUGAGGGGAGAGGGACCGGCCAUGAGCGGUGUCGACAUGCUGCCCAGCAUUCUAGGUCAGCUUUUCGCUGUUCUAAUCUCUGGAGCGCUUGUGCAGCGGGUAGGAUACUAUCUUCCAUUCUCGGUGGCAAGCGGCAGCAUCAGUGCUAUUGGAAAUGGUCUCGUGUCGACUUAUAGACCAUGGACGGCUACGGCGUACUGGGCAGGUACCCAGGUUCUCUUAGGAUUUGGUAGGGGAUUCGGUAUGCAAAUGAGCUUGAUAGCAGUGCAAAACGUGCUCACUGCUCACCAGAUCCCCGUUGGCGUGGCCUUUUUGAUAUUUUGUCAAAACUUCUCGGGCGCCGUCUUGGUUGUUGUGGGAUCAGUCAUCUUCACAAACGAACUGGUAUCCGAGCUCGCAACUUAUGCACCCUCUGUCUCGUCCGUAGCGGCUCUGGCUGCGGGUGCCAGUGCUGACGCCGUGCGUGCACUUGUCCCGGCUGGAAGCGACGAGCUCGACGGUGUGCUUCUGGCAUACUCGCUGGCCAUUAGCAAGGUGUUUUAUCUGCUCGUUGCGUGCUCCUUGGUCGGCUUGAUAUCAUCGUUUGGUAUGGGCUGGAUCAACAUUAAGAAGAAGGAAACAAAGGCUACAGACCAGGCCGAAGAGGCAUAA